CUCACUUCACUCCAACCCCUCACCCACUUCCUCCCGAUUCACAGAUGCGGCGAUAGCACCCCGGAAACGCAAUUCACUCUUCUCCUCCGCGAAUCCGGGACCUGCAUGCCAAUUCCACUUCUCAGUCAGGUCAUUCGUUCCAGGUUCGAGGCAGAAGGGAGAAAAAGUAUAUAAAAUGCCUCCACAUAUGCACCCCCGCUCCCGCCUUACCUCCUCCCUCUUCGCAACCACACUCUUCGCAUCCUUCUUCGUCGUCGCCCUACCACACGUUCUCCCCUGUCCCGCGCCACGAGUCCUGUAUGCAGAUGAUGGGACGCCGAUACCUAGGAAGCGAAGGCGGAGACCGCCUAUGUGUCCAGCUCCAGACGAGGAAAACGAGUCAAAAGAGGACGGUUUAGGUGCAGGGAUAGAGGAGGGGGGAGUGGAAGAUGGUGAUAUGGAGGGGAAGGGAGAGAAAAGGGUGGUGAAGAGGGAAUGUCCUGUUCCGAAGCCGGGAGGGAUUGUAGGCGAGAUUUUGGGGUUCAAGUCGAGUAGUGGGGAGAAGGGGAGUAAGCCGCCUUGACGAGAGGAAAUGAGAAGAGUGAGGUUGAGGUUUGAUUUAUUGUACAUAUUCUCGAGUUCGAAUGAAGGUCUGUUACAAUAUUGCAGGAGGUAUUGGCGUCUUGGAAAGCCUAUUUGUGAUUAUGGCGAAGGAUGGCAAGUUGAUGUUGCUGUACAUAUUAAGAGCUCGCGAAGAAUUCAUUUUUGACUCUAAAGCUCCUGG